AUGAGUGACAAUACAGACCAUGAUGAUGAUAAUAAUGACAAUGUUGAGUUUACAAGGGGAGAUGACACGGGCGAUAUGGCGCAUCGACUAGCCCAAGCAGGCUCCGAGCCGUCAGUGGAUGACGUGCAGGACGAUCAGAUAGAUGAAGAUGAGCGACGACGACCAACACACCCAUCCACAUUCAUGGCAAACAACAACGACCUGUUUGUUUCAUCAGGCACCGAGGACGAAUACAUUCUAAGUGACGAAGAGGACUCAGCUGACGAUAGGAAGAACUUGUUGGCGGACUUGUCCAAUUCCGAGCUUCCUCACUUAUCAAACCUCAAUGAACACGCCCGGUAUUUCGCAAAUUCGUUACAACAGGCGCUAGAUUCAAGCGAGCUUGACAAGUCGUUGGUGCUCCAGGCGCAGAUUAGCGGCAAUUUGAACAAUGAAAACCAGAAGUUGAUUGAGCAGCGAGAACUCUUGUCUGCCAAGUUGAUGAAUUUGCAGCAAUUGUUUGAAUCAAACUUUGGCACGCGUGCCAACAAUAAAGCUUCCAGGGUCGAGCGUUUGCGCGGCGAGAUCAGCUCGAUUGAACACCGCAUUGAGAAGCUCAAGAAUGGCGGGAGUAAGAGCUCCUUCCCAAUCUCGUUCUUAAAGGCCAAGCCGAAAGUAGGGGUGGCGCAGAGAUUCCCCAUAGAGUACAACCAAGCUCGCGAUAAAGUUUUGGAAAGACUUGUUGAUGAUGAUGAUGCUGGUGGUGGUGAUAUCAAUUCUAAUUAA